AUGAUAACAGACAAAAGAGCUGUUGAGGACUCAGGCGUUCCUAAGAAUAAAAAAGCAAAGAUUGCCAGGGUAAAAAACAAAAUGCCAGCUGCUGUGCAAAUAACAGCUGAGCAGCUUCUUCGAGAAGCUAAAGAGAGAGAACUCGAAGUUACACCGAAGGCCCCACAGCAGAAAAUUACAAGCCUUUCGGAGUUGAGAGAUUUUCAGCUGCGUAAAAGAAAAGAUUAUGAAGAUAACAUUAGGAAGAACAGAUUGGCUAUGCAAAAUUGGAUUAAGUAUGCAAAGUUUGAAGAAACGCAAGGUGAACUUCAAAGGGCUCGUUCAGUUUUUGAACGUGCUUUGGAUGUGGAUUACAGAAAUGUUGGUCUUUGGCUUAAGUAUGCCGAGAUGGAGAUGCGCCAUAAACAGUAUGAACGUGCUCGCGUUAUUUAUAAGUAUGCACUAGAAAAUUUACCGAAGGAUGAUUGUCAAGAGAUUUACAAAGCUUACACACUUCAUGAGAAAAAGUAUGGCGAUCGUUUAGCUAUUGAAGAUGUUAUUUUAAGCAAACGAAAGUUUCAGUAUGAAGAGGAAGUCCAAGCAAACCCUCAUAAUUAUGAUGUGUGGUUCGAUUAUGUUCGUUUAAUGGAAGAAGAGGGUUCAAUUGAACAGACACGAGAAAUUUAUGAACGUGCUGUCGCAAAUGUACCACCAAUCAAAGGUACCGCUUUGGGUAUGUGUCCGAAAGAUAAGCUAUUCCGCGGUUACAUUGAAUUGGAGAUCCAGUUGAGAGAAUUUGAUAGAUGUCGUAAAUUAUAUGAAAAAUUCCUGGAAUUUUCUCCGGAAAACUGUACUACAUGGAUGAGGGUAUGGUUAAGUCUUGCAAACUUCGAAUUGUGUGCCUUGAACAAACUCACAGCCGCUGAUUUAGAUGAUGAAGAUUUAGAACAUUUGAAAGAUGUUGAACUGGACAAAGAAACAUUAAUACAAGAACAUAAUGAAAACGAAAUCAACAAAGCAGUAGAACGUUCACGUAAAAUCUACCAAGAAGCAAAUAAAGCUCUGAAAUAUACAGAGGAUAAGGAGCAACGUGUUCGAUUACUUGAAGCUUGGAAGGAAUUUGAAUAUGAAUAUGGAACUGAAAAAACACAGCGAGAUGUUGAUAAACUACAACCGCAGAAGGUCGUUCGCAGUCGCCGACUUGGUGAUGAACGUAGUGGUUGGGAAGAAUAUAUUGAGUAUACAUUCCCCGAUACAGAUGCAGAAAAGCCAAAUCAAAAAUUGCUUACAAUGGCCGCUAGAUGGGCAGAACAAAUGGAGAGGAAAAAAGCAGCUGCAGAGGCCGAAAGUAAAGAGGAUAGUGAUUCCAGUGAAGAAUCUGAAGAAGAGGAGGAUGAUUUACAAGGUGAUGAAGAUGAUAAUCGUAUUCCUGAGAGAGAACCCACAUGGUUUGACCGGAAAAACAAAGAAGAAAUCGAAAUCGACGAAGACAGUGAUUAA